UACCUGCACGGUCGACCAGUGUUCGGUAGUACAGGCCGCGUGUUGUUUGCUAAAGUUUGCAGUCCUCUUACUCUCGCUGCUAGCAGCUAGUCGUAGUGUUUACGGCAAAAAUUGCGCAGUCUCACCUCACCGUUGUUGGUUGCUUGUUCUAGCAUAAUGGCAUGAUGAUGCCGCUGACGACGGCGACAGUGUCGAUGACGAUCGUGAAUGCUUUCGUAACGCAGCGGGCAAAAUAAUAGAUAGAACACACAGGUUAGUUAGCCCGAAAAAAGUGGUAGACUCUUUAACUUUUCGUUUUUUCGUGGUCGGUUUCAUCGCUUGUGCUAACGUUUGAGUUCAUCGUGAAAAACCAAUAUCGUUUCCCUCUAAGUGAGUGUUCGAAUUUGGGAAAAAGAGCGAUCGAUUUGUUGUCGCUGAAUUGUUUGUUUGUGUUUGUUGCUAAUUGAACAAGUGUUUUCGCACUUGCCCUCGACUUUGUUGUUCCAGUCAGUGAGGCCUACAACACUAGUACUUUGAAGCGUCCGAACGCACCGACACGACGAACGACGCGGAUUCAUUUUGGAUAUUGGGCUUAAGUGCUUUUUUGCGGCUCGUUCAAGAGGUGUUUGAUUAGUAAGCAACAGAAUCAGCAGUGUAAACAGAAUCGACAAAUUUCCGGCUAUCUAAGCACCAAAACCGUGUCCGUGUCAUUGCAGCGGUGAUUUUUUUUCUGCGACUUAAUUGUCCAUCUUCUGCGACGGAGAAGCAUUAAAACUUGCAGUUAAAGUUGAAGUUUGUUGUGAUUCGAAGCCUGUUUUGUGUUUUACGAUUGAUUGAUUGAGAAUAGUCGGAGCCAGCCACGGAUUAAGCGCGAAACCGCGAGGUAGAGAAAAAAAAUCUUACGUAAUUUUUAAAAAUACACGCGAUCGUGCAGCUGGAAAAAGAAAAGAGAGAAUAUUGCCAAGCAAAGAAGCUCGGACGACAAAAUAAAGUUCGUCGUUCGUUUCGGGUUAGUGCAGUGAGCAAAAAAAAAAAAGAAGAGAAAAAGAGCGAGAGAUCGAGCCAGAAAAGUUCAACGUUAAAAAAAGUCUUCUAUGCAUGCAGCGGGCAUAAAGUUUGCGACUGAAAUUAGCGGCGUUCGAGAUUGAAAAUCUUGCGUAAAAAUUCAGUCAAAACUACUAGUUCGUGACCAGUCAGUGUGCAUAUUUUUGUGUGUGACAUAUGGAGUAGAAAUUUGUGGGCCAGUUCGGUGGUUGAUUUAUUGCUCUCGUUAGUGUUGUUUUUUUUUUUGCUUCGAUCGUACUCAUCUGCAGUCGGAACCAGUGCUACCGGUCGCGAAAGGAAACGGCGAAGGAAUUGAAACGAAAAGUGCGAGGUUCCGAUGAGUCGAAAGUUUGACGGUGCUUUGUGAACAGUUCUGGUUACGUGUUUCUUGGAGCUCGAGCCACCUCACCUGUCAGUUUAACGGAUUGGAUGAUUUCAGUUUCGUUUAACUGACCGUCGCGGAUCGGAUUGGAUCGGAACGGAACGGACCGGGAGGGAAACGCAAAAGGGUCGCCCCAUCGCAUCGUCGCGAACGGAGACACUCAGGAGACAGCAUCCACAGCAUCCACCGGCAAGCAGCAGCAGCGGGGAACGUUGUUGAACCGAAGGAAAAGUACUUAUUAGACGAAACCUUCCCCCGAAACAAGCAAAACAACAACUCUCGGAUUUACCCCGCACCGUCGAUUGAAGCUGCGCCAUCGAUUUGCCCCGCUUUGCAAAACAUUCAUCCAUCAAUGCGCGCUCGAUUUUUUCUCCAUCCUCGCGGCACACCGGCAAAUAUCGGAUUGCAGAUCGAACGGCAGUGAACGAAAAUAAAGGAAAAAAAAAAAUCUCCGGUUCGAGCGAAACAAUGCGAUCAGCGGUGGCACCGCGUUGACCUUCCAACCCAGCCCAGCCCAGCCCCAGCUCGUGCCCGAGAAGAAAAGCCCGUCAAGAUCAGUGAAAACGCGCCCUCGCUUCCUCCAUCGAGACGCUGCCGCUGCCACCGCCACCACGGAACAUGUUGUUUAUGACGAUCGGAACUGAGUAGCCACCACUGACUGACCACAGCACGCGAAGAAAAUCACUCGCUGACCAAGGAGAGCAGCGAACCUCCAGCGGCAAUAAAAUAAUUACUAGCGUUUAACUACCGCUCCGUCUUCGUGCUUCGCGCCAUUUUCUUCUCCAUCAACGAACCCCGAGCCACCCGAUAUACCCGUGGAAAAAUGCUGAAAAACAUCCAUGAGCGGACGGUCAAAAAGGUUAAGGGCAACCAUUACAUCGCAAACCAUGGCGGACGCGAUACGGUAGAUCUACCGUACGCACAGGCCAACCGGGGUUACUCGACCGACGGCGAGGACAGCCAACGGGCGGCCUCGGACCGAACGGUGUCGGAGUUUACGGUUAACAACGAACGGGCCACACCGCCGACCGCCCCCUCGCGGAAGUCCCGAUCGAACGAAAAGUUCCAGCAGAACGGAACGGCAGCCAACGGACCCGCCGGAGGUCCACGGCCACUCUCUAGUCCACCGACGCGCGCCCCUCCGCGGGCGCCGUCGGCUCUCAGCUAUGAUCACGGCGGUGAAACGGGAAGCGACAUCUACGUUACGUCGGCAGCUUACAAAGCUCCAUCGGAAAUUAGUCGUUACAGUGCCCACCGGAAUCACCAUUCAUCGCGUGGACCCCGCAGCGUGUACAGUGUUGCCAGUACGGCGAAAACGGGUCGCAGCUCACGGCGCCAUGGUGCUAAGGUCGAGGCGAUGUCCGCACCGAAUCCGUUCUGUCCGAAUGUAAAAGGUGUCUGCUGUCUGAUGUUACUCCUGAAUUUGGGUCUGAUCUUGGUCACUCUCGGUUUCGUGAUAGUGAUGCAAUUUAUGGAACCCCUCUUCGUAUGGAUACUGGGAGUAAUCUUCCUGAUCUUUGGCUUCGCCACGCUCGUCGGCAGUAUGAUCUACUGCGUGAUAGUGUGCCGCGAUGCUAAAACACCGGAUCAGUUGCGCAACGAAGACCUCUACUGGACGAAGCACUGGCAGAAAAGCAUCGGCUACACGCCGCACGAGAUCGACUACAAGACGGAUCGUUUCGACGAACGUGACCGAUACUCCGAUCGGUUUUCGGUUAGCAAAAUGAGCGGGAAAUACUCCGACCGGGAAAUAACCCGAUACUAAGAACGAAAGCGCGAAAUAUUGACAGAUUUGAAAAUUAUUUUUUCGUACUUUUUCGCAGCAGCUAAAUCGAGUUUAAAGUAACCAGUGCAAGCGUAGCAAGUGGAAACGAUCGUUACUAAAUGAUUUAAUUUAAAGGAUUUCUGUUAAGCUUAACGAAGUGUAAUUUUAAUCUAUACUGUAAAACAAAACAAAAAAAUCAGUCCGUAGAAUAAUGAUUUUACUUUUAACCGUAAGCACGGAGACAAAAAUAGAAUGAAAUCUAAUGGAAGCAAUAUUAUUUUUUUGUAAUCUAAUUAAAAUGAAAUAAUAUUAACAAAAAUGCUCGAAUAUUUUUUUUACAAAAUUGUAAUAAA